GCUGUGAAUACUGAGGUUCUGUCUUUCCUUCUUUCCCCAGAUGUCAACGAGUGCUUGACUGCUAACGGCGGCUGUGAGGGACAUUGCUGCAACACCAUUGGAAGCUUCUACUGCAAAUGCCCCGAGGGCAGUCGACUGGGCCCGGACGGAAAGGCCUGUCAGGGUGAGAAAGAGGGCAAGCUGGGUCUCCUGGGUGUGUGUGGUGUGGAAUCAGGCAUAGGUCAUCCACAAAUGUCCUCUUGCAGGCUCUUCUAGGCUCUUCAGACAGAGACACAUGGAGAGACAGAGACACAAAAAAGCUUAGCAGACCACACACACACAGGGAACACAAUCAGUACAGGCAAUUCGUAAAAUCAAAACCCUGCCUAUUUGUUCUGACAGAAACAUGCUGAGUUAGCUGAGUUGUCUGAAUUAGCUGACAGUACUAAGGCCCAGUUGCUCUGAGGGGGUGCAGGUGUCAACAGGUGCCCCUAGCCUUUGACCCCUGACACGGGGUGAGGGUUUGAGCACUGUACACCAGUGAAGAGAUAAACUGAAGACAUCUCAGAAAUGGUGUGGGAGUCUGUAGGAGCCAUGUUCCAGGGCUAGUGUGCUCUGUAACAGCUUUCAAGGGCAAAUAACAGAUCCUUUUUGAUUCUGGAACAGAGCAUGCUAGGGCUAAAUGUUUCCGUCUGCGACCCUCCACAUAGGAUGGUGUUAAUCCUCGGAGAGUGGAGGGUGGGAGUUGAAAGGUGGGGGAUGGGCGGACACCUCCCCAAACAGCUGUCAGGAGGCCAUUGAGACAGAAGUGCGUGUCAGCCUCUCACGCAGACCAAGCCUCUUCUGCUCAGGUCAAGACUGUCACACAAUAACAUUCAGACAACAUUCAACCCCCAACCCAACUCCCAGUCUCAGCCUCACGUCUGAAUGAAAGAUGUCCUUUGUUUCCUGCUGAAAUCCUCUCACACGGCGAACCUUAAGUAUGUUACCCUCCAAACCUUCGCUGCAUCUAUUACUAUUCAGGUAUUGAGAAACGUCCACUAAAGAAAGAAGCCUGUCUUUUGAAAAAAAGAACAGGGUUUAGAACGAUAGUUUCGGAUUUUCUUCCUGAAUAUGUCAUCCACCACAGGGGAUGCUGGAAAAUCCUUUAUCCUCACUCAGCGAGGCAGCGGAUUGGUCUAAAUGGAUUGGCAUGUGGUUUUUCAGCCCUUCAACCUGAUCACAUUAAUCUAUGUGCCGGUUAUGAAAAGGCUCCUUAUACGGCAGACAGCCCUCCUCUUUGACCCCCCUUAGCCUCUUCUAGUGGAUGUUACCUAAUUAAAGUAGCAUUUAGUUCAUUAUGAGGAGAGGGGCAUUCCCACGAGCUGAGACUGCUGUGUUGAAUAGAAAUUGCCCUUAAACCCAGAUCUGGAAUCAGAUUACCUUAGACCCAAUCAUAAGAUUAACCAUUAGGGGGGUGAAAAUAUGUCUGACUCUGUAUCAGUGCUACUGUCAUUACCAGUAGUAGCCUGCAGUGUAAAGCCCAUAUGGACUAGGGAUUAGCAGAAACCAGGAAGUAGUUGAAACAGCUCGACUCUGAUGUGUUCUCCAGAUGGGUAGUAAACAUUGACUUUCCUUGGAGAAGCACUCAGGCAUGUUGUCUCCUCAUCAUGCCUCUGCUCCCUGUAACAUGGAACAACAUGGGACAUGUGCCUAGAUGUACCACAUGUUAAUGGUUCUGGAAUGGUCUUAAACACUCAGGUCUGCUGCAUAGUGGACAACCUGUGUAUAAAGAGUGUCAGUGGUGAAUCGUCAUUACUAGGGCCAGAGGAAUUCCUGAUCACAUGGCCUGACCAGGAAGAACUCUGUACUCCAAUUUUAGGGCUAUAAGUAGGGCCCAUUAGUUUUUCCUAACCAGGUCACGUGGUCAGAACAUACUCCUGGUCCUAGUCAUUACAGUUAACAGCAAAGCGCUGUACGAGAACGUCCACUGAUGAAUCAAAUGUGUGUCCAAUUGGUGAUUCAAUAUUAAUGGUUGAUUUAAUUUCAUCAAAAUGGUGUGUUAGUCUAUAAAGGGGUCAGAAACAUUGUGUUCCUAAAACAGUCUUUUGCGAAGUCAUCACUUCCAUCACCAAGCCAACCUUCUUAUUGCAUCAGCGACCAACUAUGCUUCACAGAGAUUGAUGUCAAACAAAAAUGAACUUCAGUGCCGAAACCUUUUUACUGCAUCCCUAAGUGUGACAUGGUCAUGAGUCAUGACAAGCAUCCCUAUAACUUGGGCCUUAACACUCUCCUCUGGAACACCCAUGAAAACACUGCAUCCCAAAUGGCAUUCUAUUCUCUAUUUAGUGCACCACUUUUGACGAGGGCCCAUAGGGCUCUCGUCAAAAGUAGUGCACUAUGAAAGGAAUUGGGUGUCAUUCAUGACGCAGACACUGUAACACACAUAUUAGUCUCCAAAUGAAUGUGGCCUGUGUGGGUUCAUGUCUGUUAGAGUGCUCAAGUCACAAAUGUUGUCUAAAGGUUUGUGUAUUAUUCCAUCAUUAUAAAGCAUUUCUUCAAACUCCAUCAAAAACACCUCAUUGUCCAUCAAUGCCCAUACAGGGAAUUGAAUGGCACAACCUUUUCCUAUCAAAAAGGAUUUGUUUGUCACGACUUCCGCCGAGGCUGCCUCCCCUCCUUGUUCAGGCAGGUUUCGGCGUUCGGCGUCACCGGCUUACUAGCUACUGCCGAUCCAUUUAUCAUCACUCCAUUUGUCUUGUCUUCAAUCACACACACCUGGUCCUUAUUAUUAUUAUUAUUUUAUUUUUUUAAUGUUCACCUUUAUUUAACCAGGUAAACCAGUUGAGAACAAGUUCUCAUUUACAACUGCGACCUGGCCAAGAUAAAGCAAAGCAGUGCGGUAAAAACAACAACAACACAGAGUUACAUAUGGAAUAAACAAAACGUACAGUCAAUAACACAAUAGAAAAUCUAUAUACAGUGUGUGCAAAUGUAGUAAGUUAUGGAGGUAAGGCAAUAAAUAGGCCAUAGUGCAAAAUAAUUACAAUUAUAAUUUAGUAUUAACACUGGAGUGAUAUAUGUGCAGAAGAUGAUGUGCAAAUAGAGAUACUGGGGUGCAAAUUAGCAAAAAUAAAUAACAAUAUGGGGAUGAGGUAGUUGGGUGGUGUCACGAUCGUCUUCAAAAGGAGUAGACCAAUACGCAGCGUGUUGAGCGAACAUGAUUGACUUUAUUAUAUUAAAGUGCAAAAACCAAAACAAUAGACGAUUCGUAAAGUCCACAGUAACAAUGACCGUAAAGGAACAAAAACCCACCAACACAAGGUGAACACAGACAGUUUAAAUAUGGCUCCCAAUCAGAGAUAACGAGCCGACAGCUGACACUCGUUACCUCCGAUUGGGAGUCAUUUGACCAAACAAGGAAAACACAACCAAUGACAACCCAACCAAACAAAACACAACCAAAACGAACACACCCUGGCUCAAAAUACAAAGUCCCGGAGCCAGAGCGUGACAGUACCCCCCCCUAAAGGCGCGGACUGCGACCGCGCCUCAAAACCCCAAAUAGGGGAGGGCUGGGUGGGUGUUGCUCCUCGGAGGCGGCUCCGGCUCCGGGCUUGACCACCACCCUACUUCAAUCCCCCCGUAAUGGCCCCGAUCCGAUCUGACCCAGCUGGCUGGAUCAGGACUGACGACGCGCACCCCUGGCUUAGCGCGUGAGGCAGGAACGGACCGGACCUGGCUGACGAUACGUACCCUAGGCUUGGUGCGUGGAGCCGGAACGGACCUCACCAGGCUGACGACUCGCAUCCCUGGCUUGGUGCGAGUAGCAGGAAUGGGCUGGACCAGGCUGACGACUCGCACCCUUGGCUUGGUGCGAGUAGCAGGAACAGGCUGGACCAGGCUGACGACUCGCACCCUUGGCUUGGUGCGAGUAGCAGGAACGGGCUGGACCAGGCCGACGACUCGCAUCCCUGGUUUGGUGCGAGUUGCAGGAACGGGCUGGACCAAGCUGACGACUCGCACCCCUGGCUUGGUGCGAGUAGCAGGAAUGGGUUGGACCAGGCUGGCGACUCGCACCCCUGGUUUGGUGCGAGUGGCAGGAACAGGCCGGGUCGGGCUGGCGACGCACCCCGUAGGCUCUGUGCGUGGAGCAGGGACAGGCCGGGCUGGGCUGGCGACGCACACCGUAGGUUUGGUGCGUGGAGCAGGAACAGGCCGGGCAGGGCUGGCGACGCACACCGUAGACUUGGUGCGUGGAGCAGGAACAGGCCGGGCUGGGCUGUCGACGCACACCGUAGGCUUUGUGCGUGGAGCAGGAACAGGCCGGGCUGGGCUGGCGACGCACACCGUAGGCUUUGUGCGUGGAGCAGGAACAGGCCGGGCUGGGCUGGCGACGCACACCGUAGGCUUUGUGCGUGGAGCAGGAACAGGCCGGGCUGGGCUGGCGACGCACACCGUAGGCUUUGUGCGUGGAGCAGGAACAGGCCGGGCAGGGCUGUCGACGCACACCGUAGACUUGGUGCGUGGAGCAGGAACAGGCCGGGCAGGGCUGUCGACGCACACCGUAGACUUGGUGCGUGGAGCAGGAACAGGCCGGGCAGGGCUGUCGACACACACCGUAGACUUGGUGCGAGGAGCAGGAACGGGCCGGGCAGGGCUGGCGACGCACACCGUAGGUUUGGUGCGUGGAGCAGGGACAGGCCGGACCGUACUGGGAACACACACCACUGGCUUUAAACGGGGAUCAGGAACGGGCCGGACCGGACUGGCAAUCCACCUCAGUCCCUCUCGCCGUGCCUCUACGACUUCCUUCCCUCCUCUCGCCAAUGGCUCCCGUAACCCGGUGGCCUUCUCUCCUCUUCUCCUAUUUCGCCCUGUGGCAGCCUCCUGCUGCCCAGUCGCCCAUGCCGUGUGCCCCCCCCUAAAAAAUUAUUGGGGGUGCCUCUCCUCCGUCCGACGAUGGCACUGCUGACGCCGCUGCUCCUCUCUCGCCAGGGCCUUGAUCCUACCCCAAGGUCCCUUGCCCCCGAGCAUGUCCUCCCAGGACCACACUUUGCCCACCUGGGCCAUCGCCAGCCUCUCUAUCCUUCCGGCGCUUCACCAUGUCCAGUCUGCUCCGUCGGACAGCGCUGGUCGUUGAGGGUGGGUUUUGUCACGAUCGUCUUCAAAGGAGUAACCAUACGCAGCGGUUGGCGAACAUGAACUUAUUAAUAAGGCAAAACAAAACAAUGUGAUCGAAAUCCACAGUAACAAUGACCGUAAGGACAAAAACCACCAAACAGGUGAAACAAAUUAUAUGCUCCCAUCAAAUAGAGCCGACAGCUGAGUUAUCGAUUGGGAAGUCAUUGACAAACAAGGAAAAACAACCAUGAAACCAACCAAACAAAAACCAAAGAAACACCCUGGCCAAAUACAAAGUCGGAGCAGAGGUUACAGGUGGGCUAAUUACAGAUGGGCUGUGUACAGGUGCAGUGAUCGGUAGGCUGCUCUGACAACUGAUGCUUAAAAAUAGUGAGGGAGAUAAGUGUCUCCAGCUUCAGAGAUUUUUGCAGUUCAUUCCAGUCAUUUGCAGCAGAGAACUGGAAGGAAUGGCGACCAAAGGUGGUGUUGGCUUUGGGGAUGACCAGUGAGAUAUACCUGCUGUAACGCAUACUACGGGUGGGUGUUGCUAUGGUGACCAAUGAGCUAAGAUAAGGCGGGGAUUUGCCUAGAAGUGAUUUAUAGAUGACCUGGAGCCAGUGGGUUUGGCGACGAAUAUGUAGUGAGGGCCAGCCAACGAGAGCGUACAGGUCACAAUGGUGGGUAGUAUAUGGGGCUUUGGUGACAAAACGGAUGGCACUGUGAUAGACUACAUCCAAUUUGCUGAGUAGAGUGUUGAAAGCUAUUUUGUAAAUGACAUCGCCGAAGUCAAGGAUCGGUAGGAUAGUCCGUUUUACGAGGGCAUGUUUAGCAGCAUGAGUGAAGGAGGCUUUGUUGCGAAAUAGGAAGCCGAUUCUAGAUUUAACUUUGGAUUGGAGAUGCGUAAUGUGAGUCUGGAAGGAGAGUUUACGGUCUAACCAGACACCUAGGUAUUUGUAGUUGUCCACAUAUUCUAAGUCAGACCCGCCGAGAGUAGUGAUUCUAGUCGGGCAGGCGGGUGCAAGCAGCGUUCGAUUGAAGAGCAUGCAUUUAGCUUUACUAGCGUUUAAGAGCAGUUGGAGGCCACGGAAGGAGUGUUGUAUGGCAUUGAAGCUCGUUUGGAGGUUUGUUAACACAGUGUCCAAUGAAGGGCCAGAUGUAUACAAAAUGGUGUCGUCUGCGUAGAGGUGGAUCUGAGAGUCACCAGCAGCAAGAGUGACAUCAUUGAUAUACACAGAGAAUAGAGUCGGCCCGAGAAUUGAACCCUGUGGCACCCCCAUAGAGACUGCCAGAGGUCCAGACAACAGGCCCUCCGAUUUGACACAUUGAACUCUAUCUGAGAAGUAGUUGGUGAACCAGGCGAGGCAGUCAUUUGAGAAACCAAGGCUAUUUAGUCUGCCAAUAAGAUUGCGGUGAUUGACAGAGUCAAAACCCUUGGCCAGGUCAAUGAAGACGGCUGCACAGUACUGUCUAUCGAUCACGGUUAUUAUAUCGUUUAGGACCUUGAGCGUGGCUGAGGUACACCCAUGACCAGCUCGGAAACCAGAUUGCAUAGCGGAGAAGGUACGGUGGGAUUUGAAAUGGUCGGUGAUCUGUUUGUUAAUUUGGCUUUCAAAUACUUUCGAAAGGCAGGGCAGGAUGGAUAUAGGCCUGUAACAGUUUGGAUCUAGAGUGUCACCCCCUUUGAAGAGGGGGAUGACCGCGGCAGCAUUCCAAUCUCUGGGGAUCUCAGAUGAUACGAAAGAGAGGUUGAACAGGCUGGUAAUAGGUGUUGCGACAAUUUCGGCGGGUCAUUUUAGAAAGAAAGGGUCCAGAUUGUCUAGCCAAGCUGAUUUGUAGGGGUCCAGAUUUUGCAGCUCUUUCAGAACAUCAGCUAUCUGAAUUUGGGUGAAGGAGAAGCGGGGGGGCAUGGGCAAGUUGCAGUGGAGGGUGCAGAACUGGUAGCCAGGGUAGGGGUAGCCAGGUGGAAAGCAUGGCCAGCUGUAUCAAAAUGCUUGUUGACAUUUUCGAUUAUCGUAGAUUUAUCGGUAGUGACAGUGUUUCUUAGCCUCAGUGCGGUGGGCAGCUGGGAGGAGGUGCUCUUUUCUCCAUGGACUUUACAGUGUCCCAAAACUUUUUGGAGUUAGUGCGACAGGAUGCAAGUUUCUGUUUGAAAAAGUUAGCCUUUGCUUUCCUAACUGAUUGUGUAUAUUGGUUCCUGACUUCCCUGAAAAGUUGCAUAUUCCCUCAUUAGUCAUUGUAUAAGUGUUCCCUCUGCUUCCUUGUCUGUGUGGGUGAUUGUUUAUUGUGGAGGUUAGUGAAGCUCGGCGGAGCCCGUGUAUUUUGUAUCGAUGGGAGUAUUUUCCUGUGUGCCUUGUAUUUUCCAGUGCGCCUGUUUUGUGCCCUGGAGUGGGUUUGACGCAUUUCUGCGUAAACCUGUAUUUUGCGGAUUAAAGCCUGUUAUUCUGUGAUUUACCCUCCUGCGCCUGACUCCUUCAACACCACCUCAUCACAUUGUUCUGCAGCACUCUUGCUUUGUGGGUGUCUGAGAAUAUUGUCUGCAGACCUGGGUUCAAAUAGUAUGUGAAAUCAUUCGAAUACCUUUUUCAGCUUGCCUGGCUCAAGGGAACCAAUGGAAUACUACCAAAAGUGCGAACUCUGCCCAUCUGGCACUCCAUGCAGGCUCAAGCGAAUGCUCAAAGUUUGAACAAUUUCAAAUACUUUUUGAACCCAGGUUUGAUUGUCUGUCCAUCUGUCUCCUCUGUAGAUGUGAAUGAGUGUGAGGAGCUGAAUGGCGGCUGCCAGCAGACCUGUGUGAACACGGCAGGUUCCUACCACUGUGAGUGCAGUCAUGGCUUCCGCAUGCACACUGACGGAAGGACCUGCAUUGGUGAGUAUUGACCAUGUGAGACCAGAUUCAAUCCCGGUCGUCCGCACAACUCAAGAUUAUGUUAGCCUUCUGAGCUAAAGCCUAGGUAUUGGUUUAGGCAUUGAGAGCUAAUACUCCAUUAUUCAGGUCUCAGUCAAGGUUACUCAUUACACAAGCACAGUUCACCAAACAAUUCUGUAACUUACUACCUAAUUUACUUUAGUAAGCUUUGCUUCUUGCCAUGUUGAAUGAUGGUACUUUGUGGUUUGCGCCUGCGUAGCUAACAAAGCUAACAUCUGGUGCUGCCUUUGAAACCCCAGGAGACUGGAUAGCGAUUCACACCUCCACCAAAGUGUCUCUGUUUUGUGUCUCCAACACACAGUUCCAACGUGAGAGAACACAGGACACAGACACUCUACCACACGACAACCAGUUGGUCUUUAGUGAGGGGCUCUACAUCAAGAACUUGAGGCUCCAUAAGGAGGACAAGAGAAGGUUUUAGAUUCCCAAUGUUGGAUAUUAGUGUUUAUGUAGGUCCAACUUAUUGGCACAUGAACUGGACAAAAAUAACAUCUGUAGAAAAAAGGUAAUGCCCACUCACUGUUUGCCGCUCCCACAAGUGAUCUUCAAUUCCUAUCAUCAAUAAAACCUGAUCAAAUAUCACUUGUGUGAGAGCAUUAGUGUUAGUGAAGACAAAGUUCACUGUCGUCUUCAACCCUCAGUGGGUAGACUCAGGAUUGGUGGGUGAGGUGGAGGGAUGAGGGGGAUGAGAGGGGUUACUAAUUGCGUCUGCUGAAGUCAUCACAGUUCAAGCAAACCAUUUUCCCCCUCUGGUUUUACAGGCCGUCUAUGUAAUCAGGUCUGUCUUUAAGGCACCCUGAAGGCCCAGCGCUGACUUCCUUAUUCAGCACAGGAGUAAAUCAUAAGAGGGAUAAACAGGGAUGGAAAUAUCAGUAGAACCCAACCAGGGGAACCCACUGGAGAAGCUGGAACCUGCAACCAUAUUUUUACUAUUUCUAGUCUUUAGAGCUUUCUGUAAUCACAAGUUCCCAUUAUGGCGGUGUGAAAAGGCGGUGCUGGUCCAACAAUGUUGUAGCCCACAAUAUAGCUCUUCCCUCUUUGGAUUCAUACUUUAGUGACAGGUCUCUAGGAAGGGUUACUCGUUUACUCACCAAAUGGUGAUCAAAGACAACAUUAGCGAAAGUACAGAUGUAGGAUCUUAAUUUGAGCUAGUUUGCUACAUUUGAAUUAUUAUGUGGAUUAUAAUGAAUGUACAUUUUUGUAGGGGUUGAUAUAUUUUUCAUUGGGGCAAAUCAAGUCUGAAAUGUGAAAGUGGAAAUGACAAACUUUAGAAGCCUUUUUAAAACUAAAAUACACUACAAGUUGGCUUUUCCAAAAGAGUGAUCAAAUUAAGAUCCUACAUCUGUAACUACCUCACCCUGCUGUCGAAUACCUCUCUCCUGACAGUUGCCACAUCACUUCAUUUGCACACAGAAAUGUUUUUCUCUAGUCUGUCAGUCUUUCAUGUAUGAAGUUGUUCAUUUCUUGUGUCUGUCUUUCUGUCUGUCCCAACUAUGAAGCUGUGAACUCCUGCUCGGUGAAGAAUGGUGGCUGUGAACACAAGUGUGUGGACAUGGGCAACGACCACUACAAGUGCGAGUGUCGUAGGAACUACCAGCUGAAGAUGGAUGGGAAGCACUGCGAGUGUGAGUCCUGACUACAUUGGAUAUGGUGCUCUGACUUCCCUACAGCUUACAACAAUAGUCACUUUAUGUUAGAAUGGAUAGCAAAGAGUUGCAUAUAAAGAACAGGAGGCAGGUUUCAGUUUUCGCAUGACCAGGAUAUGACUAAGUAAAACUGUCUCAGUGAAUUGACACUGAGUUACAUGAAGGUCAUAAAGUCACAUGCUGUGCUGACUGUGGCCUGGUCUGUCUGCCGCCUGUCUGUCUGCCCCCUGUCUGUCUGUCUGUCUGUCUGUCUGUCUGUCUGUCUGUCUGUCUGUCUGUCUGUCUGUCUGUCUGUCUGUCUGUCUGUCUGUCUGUCUGUCUGUCUGUCUGUCUGUCUGUCUGUCUGUCUGUCAGUGAGGGACCCCUGUGUGGACAGGAAUGAAGGCUGUGCCCAGCUGUGUCGUUCUGUGGACGGUCAAGCAGAGUGCAGCUGCAGAACUGGGUACACACUGGCCAGAGACCACCAGGGCUGUGAUGGUAAGAGCACACACACAUGUACUGAAUGUAUGGAAAUGCACUGACAUGCACACAUGCAUGCACACACACACACACACACACACACACACACACACACACACAUACACAAACUGUCGUUCUCAUAUUUCAAUACGCUGUUACAUGCAGACAAUCUUCCCAGAAAUGUCCUAGAGUGAAGGAGACUUUUACAAACUUGUCUAUAAAUCUCCACCAUCCUGAACCCUCUUAAGAAAGCAAGCCUAGUUCAUUAAAGCCGUCAUUAAGAACUGGCCACUGAAAAACCAUAGCCAUCACCUCUCUCCAUCUCAUGAACUUUCUCACAUUUUUUCACAUUCGUGGAAAGCAAGAUGUGAACAUUGAGUUUUAACGGUGGUUUAACUGACACUCCGUUAAUGUAAACGUUUGUUAUUCUCCAAAAGCAGUGCGCCUGGACAAAACAAAGGUGGCAUUCAUCAGAGAGUUGCCUUUGUCCCGGGCCAUUAGAGCUGAGGCUUUAUGACCCGGGCCAUGACUGGAGCUGUGCUGCCUGUGUGUGGGGGGCUAAGCUGAUUAACUCAAUGGCUAGAAGAUACUACUAUAACAUGGGGGUGGCUAGAAGGCUAUAGGGUUCAGGCAACUUCAUUAAACACAACAGUCUCUCUUUGUUUGUAUGUGUGUGUGUGUGUGUGUGUGUGUGUGUGUGUGUGUGUGUGUGUGUGUGUGUGUGUGUGUGUGUGUGUGUGUGUGUGUGUGUGUGUGUGUGUGUGUGUGUGUGUGUGUGUGUGUGUGUGUGUGUGUGUGUGUGUGUGUGUGUGUGUGUGUGUGUGUGUGUGUGUGUUUGUGUGUGUGUUUGCGGUAUGCUUCAUAAUCAAGAGCAGCCCACCACCAGGUCUGUGCUUUAGCAUUACGAUGACGAAAGGUCAAGAGCAGAUCACUGACCCACAAGACAAAAUACAAUUUCUUAACCAGAAGCCCUCGGAAACAAAGGAAGUAGUCAUGUUGUUCCUAGCUUAUAUUUAUAACCUCAUUCAUAGCCUCAUAUCAAAAAAAGUAUUACUCCAUGGAUCCCUGUAAUAUAAUCUCAACCUGUGCUAUGUGACUGUGCCCUAUUGACUUACAGUAUAUCAUGCUAUCCUUUGUAGACAUAGAUGAGUGCAGCUCGGGCCAGGCCAUGUGUGCCCAUCGCUGUGUCAACACCCUGGGCUCCUUCAGCUGUGUGUGUAACCUUGGCUUUGAGUUGGGCGCUGACGGCAAACAGUGCUACCGUGAGUACACAUGAUCAUUUACAUUUUAGUCUUUUAGCAGAUGCUCUUCUUACCCAAAGCGACUUACAAUCAGUAAAUUCAACUAAAGCAGGCAAAAUCACAGUUGCGUAGCAUCAAAGUUAGGGCCAAUAGUUUUUUCUGACCAAGAAGAAGUUUGGGUCCCUCAUCGUAGGCUUAUAACUAAGGUCAGGAGUUUGUCCUGGUCAGGUGACAUGAUCAGGAAAAACUCCCUGACCCUAAUUGUAGUAUGUUCUUGUGAAGCUAAUGUGUGAAAGAUGGCUAAUGUUUUGGUUUGUUGCAAACAAAUACUGUUGUUGGGUUCCAGCCUUCACUUCACUGGUUGUAUCCUCCUAUUUGCAGGUAUUGAGAUGGAGAUAGUGAACAGCUGUGAGAAGAACAAUGGAGGAUGCUCCCACCACUGUGAACACACCACCAAUGGACCCCUCUGCUCCUGUAACCAAGGAUACCAACUGACUGAGGACAGGAAGACCUGUGUGGGUAGGUACUCUCUGUUAGGUCAUCUCAGAGACCAGAGUUUUUCCUGGUCAGGUCAUAAGGUAAGGAAAAACUCCUGGUUAUAGUCAUUCUCUGUCUCUACGAUGAGUAUAGAAGCAACAGAUCAAACAUUGGUCUUGUUCAUCAAGCACCAAUGUUGUUGUUUUUCUGAAACAGGUAGGGACUACUUUGACUUGAAAUGUUAUUUUUCAAUGUGUUUCCCCUUGCGUGCCCAAAUGAACAAUCAUAUUUUGUUGUAUCUCCCCAGACAGUGAUGAGUGUGAGAGUGGGGAGGCGUGCUGCAGUCAGUUCUGUAAGAACUACCCAGGGGGCUAUGAGUGUAGCUGCAAGGCCGGCUACAGGCUCCACGCAGAUGGCUGUGACUGCAAUGGUAAGAGGACAAUACGUUGACCAGCAUCCACUCAUUAUCUAGAUCCAAAUUGACUCUGGAUUGAGUUUACAUUAUUUUAUAAGACAGAGGUGACUGAAUGUGAAGUAUGAUUAGUAUGAAAUACAGCACAUUGAUGUAGAGACUCUUGAAUGAUGAUAUACAUGAAGGGGCACGUUUAGCCACCCAUUUGACAGUGGCGGUCAAGAUUGAUGAUUGAUCUCAGAGAAGAUGAUUAUGCAUUGACAGUGUAUUAUAACUCAUUGUACUAGUUUUGAUAAUGUAAAUAGAAUACACUUGUAUAGUACCUUUUCAAUCUUCAAAGUACUUCCUAUUGUUCUGUGGUCUUGUCAGACAUUGAUGAGUGCCUGGCAGAGAGUUCUGUCUGUGAACAAUACUGUGUGAACACCCUGGGGACCUACGAGUGUUUCUGCAGACUGGGCUUCCGUCUGGACCACGACCAGAGAGCCUGCAUCCGUGAGUACUAUUUGAUCAUAAUAUUAUACUGUACUAUGCUAUGCUAUACUAUACUACUAUAUACUAUACUAUAGUAUACUGUCAUUUCACAGUGAAUUUGUAUACAUUGUUUUUAAACGUGUAAAAGUAACUCUGAGAGACAUUUGUGAGGUUUUCUAACAGCAGACUGUAGUAAUGAUACAAUCACUUUAAGUAUUCAGAUGAAUGUAAUGUAAAUUAUAGUAUAGUAUAAUAUAAUACAGUAUAGUAUAUUUAGAUGUAAUGUAAAUGUUCUGAGUGUCUCCUCUCCACCUGCCUGCCUGUCCCAAUGCAGCGCUUUACGACAGUGACCUGGAUGACGAUGAAGAGGAGGAUGACGCAGAGGAGGAUCUGGAAGUGCACAGGUUGCCAGAUCUGCUGUUCCGACGGCCCCCUCAGCUCCUGCAGUACACUGCAGCCCUUCACUCACCUUAUGGUGAUGAUGAGGAGGAAGAGGCACAGAGAGGGGAACUCACCCUGGUCAGCCACAUAGGUAGCCAAUCAGUGCUUACAUACAUGUCUGGUUGAUGCUCAAUGUUAUCACACAUAUACUCAGUCUCAGACAUUGGACCUACCAUAUGUGGCAAAAAUUGUAAAUCAUGCCAUGGUUUUACAGGACUAUGUGUGUGUGUAUCAGUGUGUCUAGAUGACUCCUUUGGGGAUGACUGCAGUGUGAGCUGUGCUGACUGUGAGAACGGAGCACUGUGUGGUGUGGACAGAGACUUCUGUGAAUGUACACCUGGAUGGACUGGCGUAAUCUGCAAUGAGAGUAAGUCACUCUCCUCUUCUCUCCCUAUCGUCUCUUAUUAUCACUGUAACCAUUGGAAAUCAUCUAUCACCUGACAGAGUUUCAGUGUUAUUCAGAGUCUAUUAUUGAGCAGGCAGUUAUUUGAUUGGUUAGUUCUCAGGGUUAGGUAUUUGAACCCAGAUCUGGCCUGGAGAGUGGCCAAGUCCCCCACAGAAAGAAUACAGCCCCAAGGCCAGGGAUGUCCACUGUCAAACACUGGGUUAGAAGGAGGCCAGAAGCCAUUGUUUCACAACCAAGCAUGAUUAAUGAGUGUCUUUGGGCUGGACCUGAACCAGGGAUAUAAUUAUGAGUGGAAUUGUGGGAUAAAUCCAUUACGAUUAGUCAUUUUUAUACAUUUAAACAUGCUCCUUUGGGCUAGUGUUCAAAUUCACACCAAGAAGAGUUAGGUUAUGAUGAGUCCAUUUUAUCUGACCAGUGGGGAAGAUUGAAAACAUAGCAGAGAAUGGCCAUUUUUGUCAUGUCAUUAGGUUUUAAUCGUUAGCUUGGGAAGAAGACAACUACAAUGUUUCCAUCAUUAAUGUUAUUAUACACUGAGUGUUCAAAAUAUUAAGAACACCUUCCUACUAUUGAGUUGCACCCCUCCACCCCUUUUCCCCUCAGAACAGCCUCAAUUCGUCGGGGAAUGGACUCUACAAGGUGUCAAAAGCAUUCCACAGGGAUGCUGGCUCAUGUUGACUCCAGUGCUUCCCACAGUUGUGUCAAGUUGGCCGGAUGUCCUUUGGGUGGUGGAUCAUUCUUGAUACACAUGGGUAACUGUUGCGUGUGAAAAACCCAGCAGCAUUGCAGUUCUUGACACAAACCAGUACGCCUGGCACCUACUACCAUACCCCAUUCAAAGGCACUUAAAUAUUGUGUAUUGCCCAUUCACCCUCUGAAUAGCACACAUACACAAUCCAUGUCUCAAUUGUCUCAAGGCUUAAAAAUCUUCUUUAACCUGUCUCCUCCCCUUCAUCUACACUGAUUGAAGUGGAUUUAAUGUAACAAGUUACAUCAAAAAGGGAUCAUAGCUUUCACCUGGAUUCACCUGGUCAGUCUGCGGAAGGCAGGUAGCCUAGCGGUUAAGAGCGAUGGGCCAGGAGCUGAAAGGUUGCUGGUUCGAAUUCCUGACCCGGCAAGGUGGAAAAAAUCGGCAUUUCUGUCCGAGAGCAAGGCAGUUAACCCCCAACAACAACUGGGCGCCGAUGACAUCAAUUAAGGCAGCCGCCCGCAUCUUUCUGUUUCAGAGGGGUUGGGUUAAUUGCGGAAGACACAUUUUGGUUGAAUGCAUUCAGUUGUGCAACUGACUAGGUAUCCCCUUCCCUAUGUCAUGGAAAGAGCAGGUGUUCAUAACGUACACUCUGUGUAUAUAGACAUGCUAUUGCAUUUUGAAUGACAACAUUUGUUAGAUAUGGGAAGGCAGUGCUGUGUAUGCCUGGAUACAGUGUAACCAGAGAGGACUAUUCUCAGAAUGUGUUAUGUACUGAUUUUGCACUAGCCUAGCUUGCCACAUUGCCACAUGGCUAAAAACAUUACUAAUUGCUAACUGACAUAUUUUCCCUCAGAGAUUCAUAAAAUAGUUGUGUACAAGAAGUGUGACAUGGAAUGUUGACUGGCUUUGACUGAACCCAUUUAAAAGGUCCAGCUGGGUUGUGUGUGGUAAUUGCGAUACAAGCCGUGUCGGAUUAAUGUGGGAAACGCAAAAAGCUAAUACUGUGGAGAAAGACCCUCAUGUGGAGAAGAUCAUGUAAAAGCAAAGAGUUAGAAUGUCUCAAUCUCUCUCUCUCUCUCUCUCUCUCUCUCUCUCUCUCUCUCUCUCUCUCUCUCUCUCUCUCUCUCUCUCUCUCUCUCUCUCUCUCUCUCUCUCUCUCUCUCUCUCUCUCUCUCUCUCUCUCCCUCUCCCUCCCUCCCUCCCUCCCUCCCUCCCUCCCAGCUUGUCCUGUGGGGACCUAUGGACAGUCCUGUAACACUCUGUGUCGUUGCCAGAACGGGGGCUCCUGUGAACCAGUGACCGGGAGGUGUGUUUGCCCACCGGGGGUGCAGGGCCAGCUCUGUGAGGAUGGUAGGGACUGAUACACACACACACACCCCAGCACUCAGCCGACUGCUCCCCCACAGGGGUCCAAACACAGCAAAUGUUUUCCUUAUUACUGGCACUUCAGUAGCCCACCACUCCUCUCAUCUCCUCCCCACUGCAUGGUUUUAUGUCACUCCAUGUCACAGCUCCCCCACAUCCAAGUCCAGAAGCAGACCAGUCUCCUUGCCUUAAGUGGCUAAUCCUAUUUAGCUGACCCUGUUCAUUUCACCACCCAUAAGGUUAGGAACUGGCUCUGCCCUGUAGACAUAGCCUGGUGCCAGAUCUGUGUGUGCUGUCUCGGCAAUAUGAUAAUGACCAUAGGAGUUUGCAAGACAGCACAAACAGAUCGGGGACCAGGCUACUGUAUACAUACUGGAAGAGCAAAAUCUGGUCUAACCACAUGUGCAACUCUUCUGUGUCUUGUUGACAUGUUGACAGGUUGCCCACAAGGAUACUUUGGGAAACACUGUAGGCGGAAGUGUAACUGUCCCAACAACGGGCGCUGCCACCGUCUCUAUGGAGCCUGCCUGUGUGCCCCGGGGCUGUACGGGCGCUUCUGCCACCUGCGUGAGUACCCAUAUGAUCUACACUACAGUACCCAGCAGCCACCAUGACUGACAUCUUAAUGUAGUACAGCAGUGUUCUUCAGCCCUCAUCUUGAAGCUUUUGUUAUAAGUUGAUUCAACUAAUUAACUAAACAUCAACCACCGGUUCAGUUAAAUCAGGUGUCUUAGUACUGGUCUGGAACAAAAGCAUGCACUGCCUGUGUGUGUCUCUUGGACCAGAUUUUAGGAACACUGCGGUAGUGACAGAUUAAGAAAAUGAUGUCAAUUCCCUUUCUGUAGCUUGGUCCCUGAUCCUAGAGUUAUAGUGACAGUACCUUCCCUUCUCCAGCUUGUCCCAGGUGGACCCACGGUGUCAGCUGCUCUGAGGAGUGUGACUGUGUUCUGGAACAUUCCUUAAUCUGCCAUCCCAAGAACGGGACCUGUCUGUGUAAAUCUGGCUACCACGGCUCUCAGUGUCACCAAGGUAAGCUGUUCUGGCUCAGACAAUACAGUACACGGAUAUUGAGGUUAUUGAAAAAGAAAAAUGACAUGGUUUGUCUGGAUGAUAGUGAAGCUCCUCUCCUGUGUGUAUGUACAGUACCAGUCAAAGGUUUGGACACACCUACUCAUUCAAGGGUUUUUCUUUAUUUUUACUGUUUUUUACAUUGUGGUAUAAUAGUGAAGACAUAAAAACUAUGAAAUAACACAUAUGGAAUCAUGUAUUAACCAAAAAAGUGUUAAACAAAUCUAAAUAUAUUUGAGAUUUGAGAUUUUUCAAAUAGCCACCCUUUGCCUUGAUGACAGCUUUGCACACUCUUGGCAUUCCCUCAACCAGCUUCACCUGCAGAAUGCUGUGGUAGCCAUGCUGGUUAAGUGUGCCUUGAAUUCUAAAUAAAUCACAGACAGUGUCACCAGCAAAGCACCCCCACACCAUAACACCUCCUCCUUCAUGCUUUACAGUGGGAACUACACAUGCGGUCAUCCGUUCACCCACACCGCGUCUCACAAAAACACGGCGGUUGGAACCAAAGAUCUCCAAUUUGGACUCCAGACCAAAGGACAAAUUUCCAACGUUUCUCUUUGCUUAUUUGAGCUGUUCUUACAUUUUACAUUUUAGUCAUUUUAGCCCCCCCCCCCCACACACACAACUAAUUGGUUGAAACGCAUUAAGAAGGAAAUCAAUUCCACAAAUUAGCUUUUAAGAAGGCACACCUGUUAAUUGAAAUGCAUUCCAGGUGACUACCUCAUGAAGCUGGUUGAGAGAAUGCAAGAGUGUGCAAAGCUGUCAUCAAGACAAAAUGUGGCUAUUUGAAGAAUCUCAAAUGUAAAAUAUAUUUUGAUUUGUUUAACACUUUUUUGGUUACUACAUGAUUCCAUAUGUGUUAUUUCAUAGUUUUGAUGUCUUCACUAUUAUUCUACAAUGUAAAAAAAUUUAAAAAUAAAGAAAAACCCUUGAAUGAGUAGGUGUGUCCAAACUUUUGACUGGUAGUGUGUGUGUACAUGUGUGUCUGUCUGUGUGUGUGUUUCUCUCCAGAGUGUGAUCCAGGGUUCUAUGGUAGUGGCUGUGGGCAGCAGUGCAACUGUCCAGUUGGGGCGACCUGUGACCCUAGGAGUGGAGAGUGCACCCGGAGGUGUCCUGCAGGGCUCCAUGGGAACCUGUGUCAGCUGGGUGAGCCAACCCCCCUAUGGAGGAGACUUCCCAACCACAGUGCAUGUAGCUAGGGACAGGAGUGUUUCCUGGUCCAUUCAGGAACAACUCCUGACCUUACCCUCAUGAAUGUGGAAAUAUUAAUGGGUGUGUGUGUAUGAGUGUGUAUGCCUGCAUGCGUGUGCGUACAUGUUUGCGUAUUAGUUUGCUCAAUAGGCUUCAAAAGUGUUCCUCUUCUGGCAGCUUGCUCUAAAGACCAGUGGAAAGUUUCAGUGGCUUUAGUCUCUCCUUUGGUCCAGAGAUAUUAAAGAACGUUCAGGAGUUCUGUUUAAAUCAUAACUCUGUCUCCCUACAGACCGGCCAAGAUAACAUGGAGGGGUUAUUUUAGACCUAAUGCAUUGUCCAGACCUCCAUGAGGGUCCCUUUAUUAAAGCAAACAAAUCAUCCAUCUCUUUAGGGUUUUGUUUAGCUUUGAAUUGACGUGAGGUUGUGAGAGGGGGCCAUGGAACAUCAGUCCACUUUGAGAUCGCCUUGCUACUGCACACGAUCCCAGUGAGGGAGAUAUACAGGAAAUUAAAAAAGGUUUGUGUAACCCUUUCUCUCUGUCUCUCUCUCCCUCCAUCAUUCCAUCCUCUGUGUAUCUGCAUGUAGCCUGCAGUGCUGGUCAGUUCGGGGAGAACUGCCUCCAGACGUGUGUGUGUGGAGGAGCACCCUGUGACCCCAUGACAGGAGAGUGUAUCUGCCCUGUUGGGAAGACAGGAAAGGCCUGUCAUCAAGGUAGUUAUAAUGCUUCAUAACUCAAUUAUUUACUGUUAAAUAUAUUAUUACUCAUUAUUAUACUGUAUUUAUAUUUCACCUAAAUCUCAUGCCGUUUCUUCUAUAUUGUCCCUCACUGUUUUUCAAAUCUGGGGUGAGGAUCUAAAUUCAAACAGUACAGUAGUAUUUGAAGACAUCGGUCCACCAAUCAGACCUGCUCUUCAUCUGCUCUUAAACCUUUGACCUGAAGUCAGUUAAACCAUGUGGUCUUGAUGGUCAUACAUCUCAAUUAGGGUUUAUCCUGACCAAAUGACCUGACCACCAAAACUGGUCUAUAACUGGUCAAUAGCUAUAGGCCUGAGUUUUUCCUCCCCCCGUAGACUGCCCAGAGGGAUUAUGGGGGUUGAAGUGCCAGUUCCUAUGUAGAGCGUGUGAUAACGGAGCUUCCUGCAACAAGCAGACAGGAGUCUGUAACUGCAGCCCUGGGUACACAGGACAACUCUGCCAGACUGGUGAGUGAAACAAAUAAACGACAAUAGCCUUCAGUCUUGCUAAAGUAAGGGCGAAAGGAAAGAGAGAGACUGCGAGGGAGAAAUACCUUAUGAUAUACUGUGUUAUAUUUCACCCUGACUAUUCCUCUGCUCAACAGUGUGUCCAACAGGGUCCUAUGGGCCAGGCUGUGUGAGUACCUGUGUCUGUCACCCUGAUGCCAGCUGUGACCCUGUCACCGGACACUGCACCUGUCCCCCGGGCCGAACAGGACACAACUGCACUAAGCGUAAGCACCACUAUCACACAUACACACAGGCAGAUGCACACACACACACACACACACACACACACACACACACACACACACACACACACACACACACACACACACACACACACACACACACACACACACACACACACACACACAGGUUGGUAAAGAAAACGACUGUGUGUGUGUGUGUGUGUGUGUGUGUGUGUGUGUGUGUGUGUGUGUGUGUGUGUGUGUGUGUGUGUGUGUGUGUGUCUCCACAGCCUGUGAGGUGGGGUCCUGGGGCUCUGGAUGCUCCAGCAGGUGCCAGUGUGCAGACCGAGCCCUGAGUUGUGAUGCUGUGACUGGACGCUGUGUGUGUGAGGCUGGCUUCACUGGAAACCACUGUGAACAGAGUAAGACAUUUAUUUGGAAAUACUGCCAUCUUUAGGUAAUACACUGUAACACAUCUUUGGACCAGAUCUGGUUCAAGCAAGUGUUCUACAGAUGUAGGAUCUUAAUUUGAUCACUCUUUUGUUGCUGAGAAUGUUCCUUUACCACAGGAAAUGCAGAUGAGCUUUGUGAUUUACAUAAAUUCACUGAAAACCCACACUAACACAUGGUUAUAUUAAUAGUAUUUUACUUUUCUUGUAGCCUACUUUUGGCCAGCUAAUAGCCUAACCAUCGAUCAAGCAAAAUUAUGGACUAAACAUUAAAAUCCUGUUGCUGCAGGAUUAUUUUGCUGUGACAAUAUUUUUGCGGUGACAAAAAGCAUGUCCUUACAGCAGCAAAUGUGUAUAUAUUUUGGCUAGUAAUAUCUCUGUCUGAUGUUGUCCGUGUGUCUCUCCCCUGUUCCCCCAGAGUGUGUGGAGGGCAGCUAUGGUUUGGGCUGUGCCCUGGACUGUCAGUGUCAGCAUGGGGCUUUGUGUGACCAUGUGAGUGGAGCCUGCACCUGCUCCUCUGGAUGGGCCGGAAGCUUCUGUGAGAAAAGUAAGACUUGUGAAAAAAAGUGUACUACAUUUACACAUCUAUUCCUAAAACAGGGCCCCAUUGGGCAACCUUUUAUUUUACAUCCUGGUAUUUAG